AUGCUUAGAAGCGACAGACUUAAGUCCCUUUUUGAAUCUCUUUUACUGACUGAGAAAAGACUAGAUCAAGCUAUUACUAAAAAGAAAAUGAGAGUUGAAGAGGCUCAUUUUAAGAAGAUAAAGAAAGCUGGAAUUAUUAGGCUAAAUAUAGUAGCAGAAAGAGUAUCUGAAGAAGGUCUGUUUAUUCUGAUAGGAGGGAAGAUUAGAGGAGAGUCAGUAGAAGAGGGAGAGAGUGAAGUUGAGCCAAGAGCGAUAGGAUCAGUAAUUAAAAAGCUUUUUGUUGAGAUAGGCCGUCCUAGACUAGUAUCAGGUCUAUCUAGUUGUUUAUCUAUUAGUAGUAGUACGUCUAUCUCUAGUGAUUCAGAUAAGAGUGGAGUAAGUAUUAGUAUUGGUAUUGGUAGUAGUAGUAAAGUAGAUAGAGAUAUUAGUAGUAGAGUAGAUAGUAUUGGUAGUAGUAAUAGAGAUAUUGGUAGUACUAAUGGAGAUAGUAGAGAUAGAGAUAUGAGUGGACUAAGUAGUACUAAAGGAGAUAACGUAAGUAAUACCAACUUAAUACGGACUAGUUUGCAAUCGAGUGAGGAUAGUUCAUUUUUUGAGUGGCAUAAUAGUGAUUUGAAUGAGCAUAUCUCGGAAUUUGAAAUCAAAACAAAAACAAUGGCCGAAAAAGGAAAGGUUUUUUUAGAUUUGAUUAGUUAUACGGGUAAGUAUCAAUUAUGCCAGCCUUUAGCUGAAGCAGUUGGAAUUCCAGCUGGAUCUCGUCCGGUUAUCUUUUUGGCUAUCUGGAAGUACAUUACGGCUCAGAAGAUGAAAGAUCCUAAACGGCCGAAGAUAAUAAUCUGUAAUGAUUUGUUUCAAAGACUUUUUGGGGCGCCUGAGAUUUCAUUUGAAGAGAUAAUCAAUCGCUUAGAUGAAUACUUAUCGCCAUUAGAACUUAUUUGUAUUGAGUUUACUAUUCCUCCUCAUCCGGGUCAGAAAGCUCAAUCGGCAUAUGAUAUUACAGUAGAACUAGAUCCAGUACGUAAGGAGUAUGCUUAUUCUGAUCCGACUAAACUUGCUAUCUUAGAUAAGAAAAUAAGUGAUAUUUUGGUGAGACUUGAUAAACAAGAAGAAAAGAUUAAGAGUCUUAAUAAGUUCAUUAAUGAUCCUAAACACUUUAUUACUGAUUGGAUCUUAGAAAGUUCUAAAAACCUCCAUCUUAUCACUGAUGAUCUUUAUGAGGUGAGUGAGGGCUUUUAUAUCCAAAAAGAAGUCCAGGAGUGUGUAUAUCAGCUUUUGCAAAAUUACAAGUAA